UUGGAGGUCACCACGCAUGCGUGUGAGAAUCAGCUGAAGGCUCCGUUCGGCGGUUGUCUUACUGAAAAAGACAUAUUUCUAUGCUAAACUGAAUUCCAAGGACAAUCUAAGAACUGAAUUGCCUAAAAUAGCUCCAGAAUGGCUGCAGACAAAGCAGGAGAGCAAAAUCCUGAAAAACACGAGGGAUCUUCUAAUUGUUCUGGCAUCUCUGACCAAGAGAAGGAGUUGUCCAAGUCUUCUUUUCAAGCAUUCACGGCAGGGAAUUAUGAGACAUGUCUUCAGCAUCUUGGUGAACUGAAAGAAAUUAAUAAAGAUGACUACAAAAUAAUGUUGAAUAUGGCAGUAGCAGAGUUUUAUAAAAGUGACCAGACCACUACGGACAUUUUAAAACAAACAUUGAACCAACUGAGAAAUGAGAUUCAUUCAGCUGUUGAUGAGAUGGACAGUUUAGAUGAUGUCGAGAAUAGCAUGCUGUAUUACAAUCAAGCUGUCAUUCUGUAUUACCUGCGCCAGCACAUGGAAGCCAUUGCCAUUGGCGAAAAACUUUACCAGUUCAUUGAACCUUUUGGCAUGCGUCUGAGAAUACCUAGAUCAUCGCACCACAACCCUUACGGACCAUGCACAACACACAGCCGAGAGGAAAAGUUUGCUCAUGCUGUCUGUUUUUUGCUUGUGGACCUGUAUCUAUUAACAUACCAAACUGAGAAGGCCUUACAUCUGUUGGUAGUGCUGGAAAAAAUGCUUUUGCAAGGCAGCAACAACAAUAAAAAUGGUAAAAAUAACGAGACAAGCAAUACCACCAGCAACAAGGAAGCUUUAAUUAUGAAAGCUGAAGCAGGAGCUCAACUAGAAGCUGCAAAGUCCAAAAUACACCAGUACAAAGUGAGGGCCUACAUUCAAAUGAAGUCUCUGAAAGCAUGUAAGAGAGAGAUUAAGUCCGUCAUGAACACGUCUGGAAAUUCCACGUCAUCGCUGUUUUUGAAGAGUAAUUUUGAAUACCUCAGGGGCAACUAUAGAAAAGCUGUGAAACUACUAAACUCUUCAAAUAUCUCAGAACAUCCUGGGUUCAUGAAAACAGGGGAAUGUGCUCGAUGUAUGUUCUGGAACAAUCUUGGCUGCAUCCAUUUUGCUAUGGGUAAACACAAUUUGGGGCUAUUCUAUUUUAAAAAGGCUAUUCAGGAAAAUGACAACGCCUGUGCACAGUUAACCUCCCCAAACACAGAUCCAGGGAAGAAAUUUUCAGGCAGGCCGAUGUGCACAUUGUUGACCAACAAACGUUAUGAGUUGCUGUAUAACUGCGGCAUACAGCUCCUACACAUCGGGCGACCACUGGCAGCCUUUGAAUGUCUAAUAGAAGCUGUUCAGGUUUAUCAUUCGAAUCCGCGUCUGUGGUUAAGAUUAGCAGAAUGUUGUAUAGCUGCUAAUAAGGGGACAUCUGAACAAGAAACAAAAGGCCUACCAAGCAAAAAAGGAAUAGUGCAAUCAAUAGUUGGCCAGGGUUAUCAUCGUAAAAUAAUCUUGGCUUCUCAGUCUGUUCAGAAUCUCCUGUACAACGAUGGGGAAUCCUCUGCAAUUCCAGUAGCCAGCAUGGAGUUUGCUGCAAUAUGUUUAAGGAAUGCACUGCUUCUUUUACCUGACGACCAACAAGAAGGUACUAAAGAAAAUGGUGCAAAGAUUAUCAGUCAAACAGGCAACACAGAUUCUGGUGGUGAAAGCAAUGAAGGAUGCAGCAAUAAAAGCCAUGAAAGUGAUAAAUUUGCUCCCGCUCCACCUUCUUCUCCUCUGAAACGGCAAGAGCUUGAAAAUUUAAGGUGUUCAGUCCUUGCUUGCAGUGCUUAUGUUGCUUUGGCAUUAGGCGAUAACCUUAUGGCUUUAAACCAUGCGGACAAGCUACUUCAGCAGCCACGCUUGUCAGGAUCCCUCAAGUUCCUGGGCCAUUUGUAUGCUGCAGAAGCACUCAUCUCUCUGGACAGGAUCUCGGAUGCCAUCACUCAUUUGAACCCAGAGAAUGUCACAGAUGUGUCCCUUGGGGUUUCAUCAAAUGAACAGGAGCAAGGAAAUGACAAAGGGGAAAAUGAGCCUAUGGAAUCUGUAGGAAAGCCAAUGCCUCAGUGCUACCCAAGUUCAGUCACUUCAGCCCGUACAAUGAUGCUCUUCAAUCUGGGAAGUGCUUACUGCUUACGUAGUGAAUAUGAUAAGGCAAGAAAAUGUCUUCACCAGGCUUCUUCCAUGAUUCAUCCAAAAGAAGUCCCACCAGAGGCAAUUCUGCUGGCAGUUUACCUAGAACUACAGAAUGGCAACACCCAGCUGGCCUUGCAGAUUAUCAAAAGAAACCAGCUUCUGCCGUCCAUCAAAAUGAUGUCAGAUCUCCGAAAAAAGCCAUUAUUCCAGCCCAUCCAUCAGCCAAUGCAGCCCAUUCAGAUGCCAGCUUUCACCACAGUGCAAAGAAAAUGAUUCAUGUCUGCCAUUGGACAGAUGUGGCAGCGUAGCACGAUUUAACCAGUUCAUCAAUAAAUGGCAUUUUGGACUUUUUGUGGUAUAGAUUGGCUUUUUUUAAUGAUAUUAUGAAGAAUGAGGUUUCAUGAAC